CUCGGACGGGCCCGGGAGCCGCUGGUCGCCAAUCACCGUGCGGUGGAGAGGCGGGCGCUCGGCUCCGGCGCGCCGGGGGAGCCAGCUGGCGCUGCUGGACCCGGGAGCCUCAGACGCUCACCCCGACACAGAGCGACGCGCGGACCGCAGGGCGGGCGCGGACACAGCGCCUCAACCGUCUGCGCUCCGAGGCGCGCGCCCGCCCCGGCCCCGGGGCGCCCCAGGGAGGAGCAGGCGGCUCGGCGCUAGCCGGCAUCGGCGGGCGGGCGGGCGCCGGGAGCCUGAGCUGGGGAGUCCCGAGGCGCCCGGCCCGCGAUGUGAGCGGCGACGGCGGCUCCCACCUGGCGCCGCACCUGGAGCGCAGCGCUCCGGGGCGGCGGGGAGAAUGCGCGCCGCCCGCAGCCGCCGCGCCCGCCCCUGACCAUGGAGUGCGCCCUCUUGCUCGCGUGCGCCCUCCCCGCCGCCCGCUCGGGCCCGCCGUGGGGGCCGGCGGCGCGCGGGCGCGUGGCUAAGGCGCUCCAGCUGUGCUGCCUCUGCUGCGCGUCGGUCGCCGCAGCCUUAGCCAGUGACAGCCGCGGCGGGGACGGCAGCGGAUUAAACCACGAUUACGUCUUUGUCACGCCAGUAGAAGUGGACUCGGGCGGGUCAUAUAUUUCCCACGACAUUUUGCACAACGGCAGGAAAAAGCGGUCUGCGCAGAGUGCCAGCAGCUCCCUGCAUUACCGAUUUUCAGCAUUUGGACAGGAACUACACUUAGAACUUAAGCCCUCGGCGAUCUUGAGCAGUCACUUUAUUGUCCAGGUACUUGGGAAAGAUGGUGCCUCAGAGACUCGGGAACCCGCGGUGCCGAGAUGUUUCUAUCAGGGAUUUAUCAGAAACGACAGCUCGUCCUCCGUCGCUGUGUCUACGUGCGCCGGCUUGUCAGGCCUCAUAAGGACACAAAAAAAUGAAUUCCUCAUCUCGCCAUUACCUCAACUCCUGGCCCAGGAACACAACUACAGCUCCCCCACAGGCCACCAUCCUCACGUGCUGUACAAAAGGACGGCGGAGGAGAAGGUCCAGCGUUGCCACGGUUACCUGAGCUCCAGCCGGAACCCUUCGGGUCACCCCCCAAGUCACACUCCCCACACCUCUUGGAGUCCAGAGAGAGAACAGCAUCAUGGAAGGUUGCAAAAGCAGCAUUUUUGUGGACGACGCAAGAAAUACGCCCCUAAGCCUCCCACAGAGGACACCUAUCUCAGGUUUGAUGAAUAUGGGAGCUCGGGACGGCCCAGAAGGUCAGCUGGCAAGUCACAGAAAGGCCUCAACGUGGAAACCCUUGUGGUAGCAGACAAGAAGAUGGUGGAGAAGCACGGCAAGGCCAAUGUCACCACGUACAUUCUCACGGUCAUGAACAUGGUUUCCAGCCUCUUUAAAGAUGGGACCAUUGGAAGCGAUAUAAACAUUGUCGUGGUUAGCCUCAUUCUUCUGGAACAAGAACCUGGAGGAUUACUGAUCAACCAUCAUGCGGACCAGUCUCUGAAUAGUUUCUGUCAGUGGCAGUCUGCCCUCGUUGGAAAGAACGGCAAGAGGCAUGACCAUGCUAUCUUACUCACGGGAUUUGAUAUCUGUUCCUGGAAGAAUGAACCAUGUGACACUCUAGGGUUCGCCCCCAUCAGUGGGAUGUGCAGCAAGUACCGAAGCUGUACCAUCAAUGAGGACACAGGGCUUGGCCUGGCCUUCACCAUCGCUCACGAGUCAGGCCACAAUUUUGGCAUGGUUCAUGAUGGAGAAGGCAACCCCUGCAGGAAAACGGAAGGCAAUAUCAUGUCACCCACGCUGACCGGAAACAAUGGUGUGUUUUCAUGGUCUUCAUGCAGCCGGCAGUACCUCAAGAAAUUCCUUAGCACACCUCAGGCUGGGUGUCUGGUGGAUGAGCCCAAGCAAACAGGACAGUAUAAAUAUCCAGACAAACUCCCAGGACAGAUUUACAAUGCUGAUACACAGUGCAAGUGGCAGUUUGGAGCCAAAGCCAAGUUAUGCAGCCUUGGCUUUGUGAAGGACAUUUGCAAAUCCCUUUGGUGCCACCGAGUGGGCCACAGGUGUGAGACCAAGUUCAUGCCUGCCGCGGAAGGGACCGUUUGUGGCUUAAGUAUGUGGUGUCGGCAAGGCCAGUGUGUCAAGCUGGGGGAGCUGGGGCCCCGGCCCGUCCACGGCCAGUGGUCCGCCUGGUCGAAGUGGUCAGAGUGUUCCCGAACGUGUGGCGGAGGCAUCAGGUAUCAGGAGAGACAUUGCAACAACCCCAAGCCUCAGUAUGGCGGCAAGUUCUGUCCUGGCUCUAGCCGUGUUUAUCAGCUGUGCAAUAUUAACCCUUGUGAUAAAAACAGCUUGGAUUUCCGAGCCCAGCAGUGUGCAGAGUAUAAUAGCAAGCCUUUCCGUGGGUGGUUCUACCAGUGGAAACCCUAUAUGAAAGUGGAAGAGGAAGACCGAUGUAAACUGUACUGCAAGGCUGAGAACUUUGAAUUCUUUUUCGCCAUGUCCAGCAAGGUGAAAGACGGGACUCCUUGUUCCCCAAACAAGAACGACGUUUGCAUCGAUGGGAUCUGUGAACCAGUGGGAUGUGAUCAUGAACUUGGCUCUAAAGCAGUUUCAGAUGCCUGUGGUGUUUGCAAAGGUGAUAACUCAACUUGCAAGUUUUAUAAAGGCCUGUACCUCAACCAGCACAAAGCAAAUGAGUAUUAUCCGGUGGUCACCGUCCCGGCGGGCGCCCGCAGCAUCGAGGUCCAGGAGCUGCAGAUGUCCUCCAGCUACCUCGCGGUCCGAAGCCUCAGUCACCAGUAUUACCUCACAGGGGGCUGGAGCGUCGACUGGCCGGGGGAGUUUGCCUUUGCGGGGACCGUGUUUGAGUACCAGCGUGCCUUCAACCACCCCGAAUACCUGUCUGCCCCGGGCCCCAUCAAUGAGACGCUGGUCUUUGAAAUUCUCAUGCAAGGCAAAAACCCAGGAAUAGCUUGGAAGUAUGCACUUCCCAAGGUCACGAAUGGAACUCUGCCAGCCUCAAAAAGACACAGCUACGCCUGGAGCACAGUGCAGACAGAUUGUUCCGUCUCCUGUGGGGGAGGUUACAUAAGUGUCAAGGCCGUUUGCUUACGAGAUCAGAACACUCAAGUCAAUUCCUCAUUCUGCAACGCAAGAGCCAGGCCAGCAACUGAACCCAAAAUGUGCAAUGCCUUCUCCUGCCCUGCCUACUGGAAGCCGGGCGAGUGGAGCGCCUGCAGCAGGUCGUGUGCGGGAGGCCAGCAGAGCCGGAAGGUGCAGUGCGUCCAGAAGAAGCCCUUCCAGAAGGAGGAGGCGGUCCUGCACUCUCUCUGCCCGGUGAGCACACCCAGUCAGGUUCAAGCCUGCAACAGCCAUGCCUGCCCUCCGGAAUGGAGCCCUGGGCCCUGGUCUCAGUGUUCGAAGACCUGUGGGCGAGGAGUGCGGAAGCGUGAAGUCACGUGUAGACGCGCUGCCGUGGCAGAGGCCGUGCCCGAGAGCUCAUGCACCGGCGCCCCGAGACCAGACUCGCAGGAGGGCUGUGUGCUCGGACGCUGUCCCAAGAACAGCCGGCUCCAGUGGCUCAUCUCUUCGUGGAGUGAGUGUUCUGUGAGCUGUGGUCUGGGAGUGAGGAAGAGGGAGAUGAAAUGCAGCGAGAAGGCCUUCCAAGGCAAGCUGAUAACUUUCCCCGAGCGAAGGUGCCGCAAUAUUAAGAAACCAAACCUGGACUUGGAGGAAACCUGCAACCGGGGGGCGUGUCCAGCCCAUCCAGUGUACAGUCUGGCCGCUGGGUGGUAUUCAUCGCCAUGGCAACAGUGCACCGUUACCUGUGGCGGAGGGGUGCAGACGCGCUCGGUCCACUGCGUCCAGCAGGGCCGGCCUUCCUCGAGCUGUCUGCUGCGGCAGAAGCCUCCAGUCCUGCGGGCCUGUAACACCAACUUCUGUCCAGCUCCUGCCAAGAGAGAGGAUCCAUCCUGUGUAGACUUUUUCGGCUGGUGUCAUCUUGUUCCUCAGCACGGCGUCUGCAACCACAAAUUCUACGGCAAGCAGUGCUGCAAGUCAUGCAGCAGAAAGAGCUGAUCUCAACGCCCUCCCCUCCUGGCAGGGCCAGGGUCUUACCUCGCAACCUCCGGAGAGACCUGCCCCCUUUCCAUCGAAAGCUGAACACUGCAAACCCCGUGUGAGCUGACCACCGUGUUGGAGGGGUUGCUCUCAAGAACAGCCUUCUUGUUCAUUUCCCUAACACACAUGGUACUCAGAAGCACUUGAAAAUGGGAAGCAAUGACAAAUCGGACUCACAGAAGCAUAGAACAAAAACAGACCGGCUUUGCUUUGCACUGUUACAGGAAGGAGGUGAUGGCUUGCCAUGAGAGAGAACAGGUUUGAAUUUUGACCAAGAGAGAUGCUUGUGAACUUUGGGGACAGACCCCACCCCAGGGAACCUCAGAAGGUGGAUUUUGGAAAUGUCCUUUCGGACUUCAAGUCACAGACUGAGACUCGGAGUAAUCCGAUGUGGGUGGAACACGCUGCCUAACUGUUGCUCAGAGCUCAGAGUUUGACCGGAACUGUGGACGCCCUGGACCAGGAGUUGUACAGACGCCGAAUGGUGCUCACAAUGGUGCUUGCUGCUGGACUAGCAAGCUUCAUGUCCUGUUUCUCUGGUGUGUGUGUGUGUGUGUGUGUGUGUGUGUGUGUGGUGUUGUUUCUUAUUUCGUUUAAAGUAUAUUCUGCUUAUAUAGAGAGUCUCCAAGACUAAAAUUCACAACUUGAAAAGUAUUCUGAGGAAUAUUCUGAAAACAGAGCAACGUGAACAAGUUAAGAUUUCCACUUAAUUGGACUUCACACUCUGAAAAAAAAAAAAGAAAAAAAAAAUAACCACAAAACCUUGUUUCCCUACACACUCUGUCAACCUUGUCAUUUUUGGUGCUAGCCGAACAAGUCCUCGGGAGUCUCAGGUCUGCUCUUGGGGAAUCAGCAUGUGCAUUUCUGGUAGAAACCUAAGAGGAGACAAAGAGCAAAACAGUCCUGUUUGGAAGGACAGGAAAACGUCACUCAUGGUGCUCCCCGUGUAUUAUCAGAGAUGCUUGGAAAAUUAGAGGCUACUUGUGGGUUUUUCCUUAGCAACUGACAUAUUUAAAUUUGCCCUAGGAUUUGGUUAACAAGGGGAAAGUCACAGUGGCAAUUGAGAAAUCCAUCCAUCUUCUCGCUAUGUGAAUAUUAAUAAAUUGUAAUAUGCCAGGACACUUCAACAAACAAGAGUGUUUCAUAAUCUUUCAGAUGAUAUUUUCAGUCUUCAGAAGCCAGCUGUUGGUAGGCACUAAUGAGCUUAAAACUGUUCUCCAUGGGAAAAACACCACAUCAUUUUGCCAAAACCAAAGUAACUUACAAGCCGGUGUCCUUCUGCAGUUUUUUGAGAUGUGGUUAUAAAGGGCAUAUUUAUAUAAUUCUACUCUGUUCCUCAAUGUCUUUGAUGAAUGUAACCCAAUUUUACUGCUUUUAAAAGUCCCAGUUCAAACAGGGAUUUGCCCGCUCAGCAUAACCAACCAGACAGUGGUUUGUUAAAUUUAGAGCCUCCUUUAUUCUAUUCUAAUUAAAAUCAUACAUUCUCAAAUCUCAGAGAAAUAAUGAUUAGAAUAUUCUGUCUCCUGGACUUGGCCUAGAAUAGUGGCCAUUUUAUCAUAAAAAUAAAUAUAGGCCUCCAUAUCACUACCCUCUUACCCUCUGAAAAAAAUUUCAACUUGUUUCUUUAUAUAAUUAUCAUUUUUAUUAUUUUACGGAAAAUUAAUUUAUUAAUAGCCUAUUCUUAUGUGUUCUCACUUGCUUCUUUGAGGAAGUGAAUUAAUUCUGAGGAAAAGUGUUGAAUAAAUAAACAUGGGUUAUAGAGAAAAGUCAAAAUAUAUGUGUAAUAUUUAAUUAUUUUAUAAGUUUUAUAAUAAAGUGUUCUGUUUCUUUGCCUU